AUGGGCCUGAUCAAUGCACCAGUAGUUCUCCUGGUUGGGGCCUUCGCUUGUUUGUUCUAUGGUAUCUUUGGACAGACAAAGUUAAGACGAAACGGCAUCCCAUUGAGACGCCCGCCCAACACUCUGCCUCUGGCUGGGAAUGGAAUCAAUUUCCUUAAAGACCGUCAAAAGCUCUUUGACUGGUUCACAAAGUGUGAGCAGUUGUAUGGCUAUGAGACACUACAGAUAUCGGUUCCCAGUCUACCGCCUGGAGUCAUCAUCAGUGACCCAAAGAACCUCGAUUAUGUAUUUAAGAACGAGGGAAUAUUUGCCAAGGGCGAAUUCUUCAAGGGACGUUCAAGGGACUUGUUUGGAAAUGGGAUUAUCAAUGUCGAUGGGGAGCUGUGGAAGGUCCAGCGAAAAGCCGGCUUGAACUUCCUCAACACAGCCAACUUGAGGGUUUUGACAGAUGUCGCCCUACCUCAGUACUUGUCUCAAAGCGUGACUUUCUUAAAGGGACAAGCCGCGAAUGGCGUUACAACUGAUUUACAGGCUGUCUUUCACGAAAUUACAACCCAGCUAAUGGGUAAGAUGGCUUAUAACAUGGAAAUGCAUGCCCAAGAUGAGUUUGGCGUCGCCUUUGACUACGCCUCUGGCGCAACAGCUGAGCGGUUCCAGAACCCUAUGUGGCUCAUCACUGAACUCAUUACGGGAGCUCAACUACGCAGUUCCAUUGCUAUCGUCAAGUCCUUUGGCCGGAGUAUCGUCUCCAGUGCUAUGAACGACAGGAAAACCCGCACCGAUAAGAUGGAGGCCAAGACUCAUGAAGAUUCCACUGGCGGCAAGCUAGACCGCAUAUCGGGGAGCCUGAUUCAGUCUUUCUUAGAUUCGAUUGGAGACGAGCAACUGGUAGCGGAUGCUGCACUAAACUACCUCUCGGCGGGUAGAGACACCACGGCACAAGCAUUGACAUGGACAUUCUACAUGCUGAUGAAGCAUCCCGAGAUUGCAGCCAAGAUCCGUGACGAGGUAGAUUUCGUCACGGCAGGUGAUGAUGGUGUCCUUGAGCAGACUAUCUCGAGAACCUGUAACCCAAUAUCGGUGCCAUACACCUUUGCCGUCUUCUGCGAAGCUCUCCGCUUGUUUCCUCCCAUACCCUUCGAGAUCAAACAGGCUGUUCAGGCAACAACCCUUCCGGAUGGUACUUUUCUCCCCAAAAACUCCGUCAUUGUAUGGUGUACGUGGGCUAUGAAUCGCUCCCACACCACAUGGGGUCCGGAUGCGGCCCAAUUUCGCCCUGAGCGGUGGCUAGUCGAUGGCAAAGUUGUUAACAAAACCGCAUCCGAGUUUCCUGUCUUCAACGGAGGCCCAAGGAUGUGCCUUGGUAAAAGGAUGGCUGAGAUAAUUGCCGUUCAAGUCAUUGCUACGGUCGUGGGGUACUUUGACUUUGUUAUGGUUGAUGAGUUGGAGAGAGUUAGCAAGAGUAGUCUCACGCUUCCGAUGAAGGAAGGACUGCCUUGUGUGGUGCACAACAGGAUCAAAGUCCUCAACUGA